CGACUUUAGCAAAAUACGCACUAGUCGAAGGUGAAGAUACCACGAUAAAUACCACCACAUAUUAUUGAAUCGCAUCUACUAGCCUUACCGCCUGAAGCCUCCCCUGAGCCCCCGAGGGGCCAUACCCGACCAAGAUGGCUCACCAAUGGAUCAAUGUCCAACAGAAGACUUUUACGAAAUGGAUGAAUACCAAGAUUUUGCAGAGGGGUGUAGUUGUAAAAGAUCUCGUUGAGGAUUUACGUGAUGCCGUUCUUCUAAUACACCUUCUCGAAUGCCUGUCGAGCGAAUCGUUAGGACGAUAUGCGGCGAAACCGAAGUUGCGAGUACAGAAGUUCGAGAAUGCCAACACGGCUCUCGACUUUAUUAAAUCGAGGGGGAUUCAGAUGACCAAUAUAGGCGCAGAAGAUGUAGUCGACGGCAAUCGCAAGAUCAUUCUGGGUCUAAUCUGGACCCUAAUUUUGAGAUUCACCAUUAGCGACAUCAAUGCCGAGGGUAUGACAGCAAAGGAGGGUCUCCUAUUGUGGUGUCAACGUAAAACAGCAUGUUACGACGAAGUUGAGGUUCGUGAUUUCAGUAGUAGCUGGAAUGACGGGCUCGCCUUCUGCGCGCUGUUGGAUAUCCAUCGACCCGACCUGAUCGAUUACGAUGCCUUAGACAAAUCAGAUCACCGUGGAAACAUGCAACUAGCUUUCGAGAUCGCUCAUAAGGAGAUCGGAAUUCCCGAGCUGCUAGAUGUCGAAGAUGUUUGCGAUGUCGCUAAACCAGAUGAAAGGAGUUUGAUGACGUAUAUCGCUUAUUGGUUCCACGCUUUCUCGCAGAUGGAGAAGGUCGAGAAUGCCGGCCGUCGAGUGGAGAAGUUCGUUAAUAACAUGCAAGGGGCUUGGGAGAUGCAGAGCGCCUACGAGAAGCGGAUGGCGGAGUUGUUGAGGCAGAUCAGAGAGCAAAUAGAACAGUGGCAGCAAUCAACUUUCGAAGGUACCUAUGCCGAUGCGAAGAAGCAGGCAACCGAAUUCGCGUCUUAUAAAAGGGGUAAGAAGAGACAAUGGGUCGCCGAAAAGAGUGACCUAGCCACGUUAUUAGGAAACAUCAAGACCAAGCUAGGCACGUACCGACUUAGAGCCUACGAGCCGCCACCUGAGUUGUCGUUAGAGACCACCGACAGGGAGUGGACUAGGCUAACCGAAACCGAGAUGAUGCGUGCCCAGCUUAUUAACGAGACUAUUAGAGACAUCAAAAAUGCCCUCCGAAAGUCAUUCGCCGACAAGGCGAACGAUUUCGCGUUGGCCCUUAACACCAUGCAGAUCGCCAUCUCGGGUCUCGAAGGUGAUGUGGAAGACCAGUUACUGCAUGUGCGACGGCUGAGCGACAGCCUACCACCCCUGGACGCGUACCUGGAGAAGAUUGCGGCUGUCGACGCUAAGUGCCAAGAAGCCAACAUCGAAGAGAACGAUUUCACAACCUACACCUACGAUGAGCUGUUGUACGAACUAGGGCUCGUCAAGUCGUCCGUGCAGAAGAAGCUAGCUUUCCUCGAGAACCAGAUGGUAGCGCGCAGCAUGACGAACCUGACGCCGAUCCAACUUGAGGAGUUUGAGUCCGUGUUCCGACACUUCGACCGCGACGACACGAACUCGCUCUCGGAGCUAGAGUUCUCGGCGGCGCUUGCGUCUUUGGGACUAGUCUUUAGCGAGGAUGAGAUGCACGACUACUUCUUGGAGACGUCGCACGGGCGCGACCGCGUCACGUUUGAACAGUUUAUCCGGUUCAUGGUGGACGUGACGGAGGAUCAGAACACCGCCGAACAGGUGUUCCAGUCAUUCCGCGAGGUUGCCGACGGCAAGCCGUACGUCACGGAGAUGGACCUGCGCCACUCGCUCGUUCCCGAUGAGGUCAUCGAGAAGCUCUGCGAGAUCGUGCCCGCACACCACGGCCCCGAUAUGGCCCAGGAUCGCGGUGUGCCGCAGUACGACUACAUCAGCUUCAUGGAAAAACUCAUCACUGGCCCCGAGCAACAAAAUGGGCGCGGCACCCCUGGUAGUAGUAAUGGUAGUGGCCCGCUCCAGGAUAUAACGAACGGCCGCGCCAGCCCCCCGAAGAAGAGCAAUGGUAACGGAUACCACUAAGCGCUUCUCCAAGCCUCGGCCUUGAUCUCUCGGCGAGGCUAGCUCAACCGCUAUAUAAUAAGUCGAACGUGUCAGACUGCGUUUUGUGUACUUACCUACUCACUUACAACCACCACCUUCUCUUCACUUCUCCUUUCUUCUUCUCUUCGUG